AUGAUAAAAUGUUCAGAAGAAGUGACUGAAAAAGGAAUAUCUGUGCGAUGGCCUGAAAGUGAAGAAGGCACUGAUAUUAAAUCUGACCCCGUGUGCUACGAUGCGCAUGAUAUAAUCACAAGAAACUGUAUUAAUAACACUUGGAUACCUUCCACUAAUGAUCUACGGCCCUGCUACGACACCCUUAUUAUUUCAGACUUUGGAAGAAUAUCAUCACUAUGUCCGCCUAGUUUUGAGAGAGUAUCCGACAAUAAUACCGAUUAUUGUUACCAAGUACAUCGUACUUCGUCAUGGAAUUAUCCGUGUUUAAAUAACGGAGGUGCUUCAGUUAUUACUGAACUGAGUGACUAUGAUGUCAAAUCAAUUCUCAAUUCUCUUAAAGAAAAAAAUAUAUCGAGAUACUUUUGGUUGCCAGCACGCAGAUCAAGACUUUUUAGUCCUAUAGUUUGGUAUACACCGGGACAGAUGUGGGGCAGAGAGGUCGAAGGUUACAACAAUUUAAAGAUGCAAACGUCUGUAUUCAAAAGUUGUCUACUACUAGAUAUAGAGUUACAAGUAAUAACGACAGAAUUAUGUCUCAUAGAAUAUCCAAGCUUAUGUUUUUAUACAAAUAAUAUUCAUUAUCCAGCAAAAUGUCCAGAAAAUUAUCACGGCGUUAGGUUUACUUCCGAUGCAAGCAUUUGUUUUGGUAUAGAAACAUCUUCUGAAAACUUAUCAUUUGAAGAAUUUCCAAAUGAUACGUGUAUUCCAAUGGGUGAUGAUGUGGAUAGUGAUUUAAGUAGAUAUGUUUUUAAAGAAAUAGCCAACUCAUAUGAUCUAUCGGUCGGUGAAUGGUGUUGGUUCUCGACAUCAUAUUAUGAUCUCAAGGAUCACGAUUUCCGCGUUGCCGUUAAUGAUUUAGGGUCAUUAAAAUUAACAAGAAGGUCAUCAGAUACCAAAUUACGUUGUAAGGCUUGUCGAACUCAAAUGUUAUAUGAGGAACCCCAAUUGGAUUUUGAAUACAAUGACAUUGACAAUAUAAUAUAUUUAACAAUUUAUAAUCCAACAAGCUUAUGGAAAUACCACAUAAACGAUACUGGUGUUCAGUGUUUUACAGAUGCAAAAGGCUAUGUACAGGUUAUUGAUAUAAAUGAACUUCCUUUCAUAGAAAUAAAAGACAAUAGUCAUUCUAUUUCACCCAAUGACUCUUUAGUUAUUGAAAAAAUUGUAUACAUAAUUGACCUUAUAACGGAACGGUCAGCGCAAUAUUGGUGUGAAGGCCAUUCAAAAAAUUUUUCGUUAAUAUCUACUGAUAAAAUAAUUGUUAAUCCUCAAGGCAAUGAUGUGCAUGUAUUCUCGUUGGCUAUAAAAGUUUUUCUUAGUAACGCUGAUGUUCAAAAUGAACUGGAUUCAAAGAUGUUAGAGUUACGCAAAAAUAUAACAAUUAUUUUCAAUGCUGAUAAAGUACUUUUAAUGGAAAUUUUAGAUUAUGCUUCACAAAAGCUAUUAGUAUUGUUACAUUUACAUAUUUCAAUAGAAAAUACAUUUGAAGACAAAGGAGAAAAUAUUAAGGCGGUUUAUGAAAAGUUACAGAAUAUUGCUAAGAGUGAGUUACAAAAUUAUAAUUACACUUUUGUGAAUAUAUCAAGUUCGAUGUAUUGUUUGCCCUCCACUUCUUUUUCUGAUGGUAUGACUCUGGAAUGGGAAUUAACAAUGAUCGGCCAUAUAACGGCUCCUAAACAGUUCUGUUUACAAGCUAAUGGAUUGCCAGUGAAGAGACGAUGUCUUGGAUCUUAUAUUCUUGGUAGCGAAUGGGGUCGCAUUGAAGGAGUCUGUAACCAAAAUUAUUCUCCAUCUCCUACUACCACAUUCUUGUAUGAAUUUUUUAAAGGAAGGAUCCCCGAGAACGUAACAUUUCGCUUUCUUACAGUGGGUUUAGGACAAGCACUUGAAGACGUCGGCUUAUUAAUUCCAGCGGAUAUAUACUACUUAUCAAUUUCUUUAAAACACAUUUUGACCAUGGCUCAUACAAAUGAAAGUUCUAUAGAUAUGGGUUCUAUUUCACAUACUGCCUGGAUCAUGAACAGGAUCAUGAUACUUGAUAAUGCAUAUCUUAGAUUAGCUCAGACACUUAAUUCCACAAAUGUAAUACUAGACGCCAUUGGAGGAAUAAUUGAAAUGUUAGCACAAAGAGGCACUCCCAGGUUUUUGACUGCAACUAACACAGCAUAUGAAAUAGCAAUACAACCUCAUUUUGUAAUACAAAUAUGUCAUCCCUUCAAAAACAACAUAUCUGGAAUUGCCAUCCAGCAUGCAAAUAAUUCCAGUAGUUUUAUGGACAUAGAAGUUAUACCUUUAUAUAAAAACACGACUUAUGAAGAAGUGUUGCAAAUUAAAGAUCUCGAAAUUGCAACCUGGAUUCCGGAAGAUGUCUUAAAUACGUUAAAAUGUCUUAGAAACGAUAGCGUUAAUAAUACUUCUGUGGAGAAAGAUAUUCAGAUAAUUAUUAAUAUUUAUCAUAGUGAUGCAGUGUUUCAAGCACUUGAUCCUACUUAUUAUGCUGUAAAUAGUCGCAUAAUAGGUAUAUCAAUACCGGGUUAUUUGCCAAAUUUAGAAUAUCCGAUACCUUUAAUAUUCAAAGAUAUAAACUCUUCUGACUACAAAAGAUCUUGUGGUUACUGGGAUUUCGAUGUUCAUAAAAUUAUUCCUGGAUUUUGGUCUAAUAAAGGAUGUUAUUUAUUACAAACAAUAAAUAAAACUAGCAUAUGUAAAUGCUAUCAUCUGACACAUUUUGGUCAAUUAAUUAAUAUACGAGAGCGGGUUAAUUCUGAUGAAGAUCCGAGGAAUAAAAUGAAUACUACUCCUUUAAACAUAAUUUCAUUAAUUGGAAGUUUUUUAUCGCUAUUGGGAAUUGCCGGUAUUUGGAUAACAGCAUUUGUUUUCCAUGCGUGGAGAAAAAAGGCUGGCACAAAAGUACUAUUGCAUUUAACUGCAGCUAUUGCGUUACCUUUAAUACUUAUAGUUAUUUUUAAUUUAGAUGAUUCUAUUUUUAUUGAAAAAGAGGGAACAUUUUAUAUGUAUGAAGACAAGGCAACGCUAUGCAUUUUCCUUGGUGCGUUAUUACAUUAUUCUGUUUUAGCUAGCUUUAUGUGGAUGUUAAUUACAGCAUCUCUACAAUUUACCCGGUACGUUCGUGUUUUGGGCGUACAUCGUCCUUCCAGAUUUAUGAUAAAAUUCACUUUAAUAGGAUGGGGAAUUCCUCUGAUUCCUGUUAUUAUUAUUCUGAUUUUGGAUAAAGAAAAUUAUAUACCAAAUCUGCCUAUGACCAGAAAUGAGUAUGCGAUAUGUUAUCCUACUGGUUUCUUUUUAAUUGUGACUGUCGUCGUGCCAAUAUGUAUAAUUUUAAUGAUUAAUAUAAUUUUAUUCAUUUCUGUGAUCUAUGCGAUUUCUCAUGGACCUGAUGGCAAAAUGAGAGCUAACGAUAUAGAUCUUAUAGGAGCGCAACUGCGAUUGUCGAUAUUUUUAUUCUUUCUCUUAGGACUUACUUGGAUAUUUGGUAUAUUUUCAUUUACCUCCAAUUUAAUAUGGUCUUACUUCUUUUGUUUAACGUCCACAUUGCAAGGUUUUGUAUUAUUUGUAUAUUUUGUAAUAUGUGACCCUAUUACGCGUAAUUUGUGGGUUACAUUGAUGAAGCCACAAUUUAGAGGUAGCACACCAAGAGAGAGUAUUACAAGUCUUUCAAGUACAUAG